AUGCGGCCAGCCCUGCGACCCAACGACACCUUGAUGUGCUUGUUCGACGUGACUGCUCUGUCACUUGGUGUGGCCACCUCUCGUGGCACGCAGCUGGUGGAAGAUGAAGCGGAGCUACAGAGGCUGCGCGGGGCGCUGCUGACGCUGCGCAUCCACGGUGAAGAAGAGCUGCAAGUGGAGUGCAGUACCCUGGGAGGCGCCGUGGUGCUUUCACUGGAGCUUCCAGCGCAGUCCACUGUGGCAGAUCUGGAAGAGCGAAUGGUCACAGCACUGGGCGACAGCUGGAAAAACGCCAGCUUCUGGCUGGGGGAGCACCAGGUGUCGCAACAGUCCAGGCUGAUGAACUGUGACACCCUGGUGGUGAAGGAGGAGAAGGAUGCGUUGAUGACCUGCCUCAUCCAGCGCAACACCACGGUCCCCACCCGGAAGUCCAAGGUCUUCACCGUGGCAUCGCCAGGACAGCAGAGCGUUUGGCUUCAAAUUCUCGAAGGAGAGCUGCCCUUUGCCAAGGAUAACCAUGUGGUGGGCCAGCUCCGUUUGGAUGGACUCCAACCAGCCGCGGGGAUGGGGGACCGACCUCUGGUGGAAGUCGGAUUCGAUCUGGACGCUAAUGAUGUUCUGCACGUGACUGCCGCCGACUUGGGCUCAGGCGCCAGCUCCAAGGCCUCCUUUCCAUUCGACGCGCGCUGGCGCGUCCAUCCACAGGACUUGGAGCGUGCGGUGCAGCGCGCAGAGCAGGUCUGGAAGGUGAAGAGCACGAUCCAGGACAGGAGCGACCUGUUUGACCAUUGCUGUCAAGCUCUCCGCCAGCAACGUGGCGAUGAUGCCGAAACCACCGAGUUGCUGAAGAUGAUGGCAGUUGUGGAUGAAGCUGAUAUUGCUGACGAUGUUGACUACAAAGCCCAACUUCAAGCCUUGGUGGUGUUAACCUUGGAAGAUAUCGUGGAAGAGAUCAUUCAAGAGGAGAUCGUGGAUGAAACCGAUGUCUACGUGGAUGUGGAUCGGCGGUUGAAAAUCGGCGGCCGAGACACCACCAAUUUCAAUCUAGGUGUGUUCAACCCCAUUUGGCGCUCGAGGGGUGACAAGUUGAGCCUCGAAGAGGUGAAUGCGAUUUCUGCGCACCUCAUGCGUACAGCCUUUGCAGCAGGCAGCGCGGAGCUUGUGGUGUUUCUCUUCCGGGGAAAAGGCAAUGGCUGCGCCUUGCAAUAUGAGACCAUCACCUGGUUGGUGGGGGAAGCAGAGGUUGGAACGCCCAGCACCGUGGCGACCGUUGAUGUAGCCUCAGGUCCACUGGGUGCAAAACCUGAGCCGGAAUGCCCCUGUGGGAUUGGAUCCAAGCGACACGGAUUGGCCUCUUGGCGGAGAACCGGCAGACGGCACAAGGAGACGGAAGAUCCAUAG